AUGCUAUUCAUACCGCAUAUAGUGGUGUCCCGUCCUUCCGGCUCGGAUUCGGAUUCGGAUUAUGGUUCUCGAUCGAAGAAAAAGAAGAAAUCCCGCUCAUCUCGCGAAGAGUUGCGCGUCUCCAGCCGAGCGGGUAGAGUCCCCAACUAUGUGGACGACGUGCAAGACUUCGAGCAGUUUGACGAAGAGGAGGUUGACACUGGAACCUAUGUUGACUCCAACGCUGAGCCUUUGCACGAGAUUGAAGCAGUCCUUGGGCACUCCCGAGAGGAAGGGCACGAAGACGAUGCGGAAGAUGACUGGAUGCAUAACAUUCGUUUCCACAUUAAAUGGAAGGGCUUCUCUCAUUUGCACAACACGGACGAGAUGUACGAGUUUCUCAAGCGCUGGAAGGGUCUGAAGCGUGUCGAUAAUUACAUCAAGGCAUACAAAGCAUACCAAGAGCGCGUUACGUCACCGGACCUCUCUCGCGAGGAUAAGGAAAUCCUUCUCCUGGACAAGGAGCGUGAGAAGGAAGAGCUUGAGACAUACAAAACUGUUGAGCGCAUCAUCUCCCAGCGAGAGAAUGCCGAGGGUCAAGUUGAGUACUUUUGCAAGUGGAACGGCCUAAACUACGAUCAUUGCACGUGGGAGACCCAGCAAGAAAUUCGUCCCAUUGCAAAGGAACAGAUUGACGCGUUCAGGAAUCGCGAAGUGGAGGCCAAGUUUCCGUACAAGAGCACGUUCUACUCCAAGAACUCAAGGCCGCCGUUCGGGAAGAUCACGGAAGAUCCAGAGUACUUGCAGGCUACAGGGGGCGAGCUGAAGGACUUCCAGCUGACGGGUCUUAACUGGCUAGCAUACUUGUGGAGCAAGGGUGAGAAUGGUAUCCUUGCAGACGAGAUGGGCCUUGGGAAGACCGUUCAGACAGUGGCAUUCCUCUCCUAUUUGUUCCAUGAGAUGUUGCAAUACGGGCCCUUCCUGGUCAUCGUUCCUCUGUCUACGAUCACGGCGUGGCAGUCGCAAUUUGCGACAUGGGCGCCGGAUAUCAACGUCAUCACUUACAUUGGAACAGCUGCAGCGCGAGAAGUCAUUCGCAACUACGAUUUUGGCCCGUCUCUUAAGAAGUUGAAGAUGAACGUUUUGCUGACGACGUAUGAGAUCACAUUGCGAGACUCCAAGGAGCUGGGCGACAUCAAAUGGCAGGUCCUAGCUGUGGACGAGGCCCAUCGGCUAAAGAACUCCGAGAGCCAGCUCUAUGAAGCAUUGAGGUCCUUCCCGGCAGCCUCCAAGCUGCUCAUUACAGGCACGCCUUUGCAGAACAACGUGAAGGAGCUACUCUCACUGAUGCAUUUCCUCAUGCCAGAGAAGUUUCAAUUGAGCAACGAGUUCGAUUUGACUGACGUCGAUCAUGAGGAGAAGAUCAAGGAGUUGCACAAGCAGCUUGAGAGUUUGAUGCUUCGGCGGCUAAAGCGCGACGUCCUCACAUCGUUGCCGACCAAGAGUGAGCGCAUCCUGCGCGUUGAAAUGAGUGGCAUGCAAACGCAUUUCUACAAGAACAUUUUGACCAAGAACUUCCAAGGUUUGGUCAAGAGCGCCAAUGGAAACAACAACAUUAGCUUGCUCAACAUCGCAAUGGAGUUGAAGAAGGCUGCCAACCAUCCGUAUUUGUUUGAUGGUGCCGAGACCAAGACUGACAACGAGGAAGAGACCCUGAAAGGCUUGGUGAUGAGCAGCGGCAAGAUGGUGUUACUCGAUAAACUGCUUGCUCGCCUCCGCCAAGAUGGGCAUCGUGUCCUCAUUUUCAGCCAAAUGGUCCGCAUGCUGGAUAUCCUGACGGACUACAUGGUUAUGCGUAACUACCAGCAUCAGCGGCUGGACGGCAUGAUUUCCUCUGACUUACGGAAGAAGGCGAUCGCGCACUUCAAUGCACCCGGUUCGACGGACUUCGCGUUCCUGCUUUCCACACGCGCCGGAGGGUUAGGCAUCAACCUAGAGACCGCGGACACGGUCAUCAUCUUCGACAGCGACUGGAACCCGCAGAACGACCUGCAGGCAAUGGCACGCGCACACCGUAUUGGCCAGAAGUCGCACGUUAAUGUGUUUCGCCUGGUGAGCAAGGACACGAUGGAGGAGGACGUGCUGGAGCGUGCUAAGAAGAAGAUGGUAUUGGAAUAUGCCAUCAUUAAUCAAAUGGACACGUCCCAAGCGCACCUCAGCUCAAAGGCCGGUUCAUUGACGAAGGAUCCAUCCAAGCCGAACGAUUUGAGUAAAGACGAGCUCCACGCCGUCCUCAAAUACGGCGCUCAGAAGAUCUUCGACAAGGAUGACAGCCAGCAGAGCAAGAAGCUAGACGAGAUGGACUUGGACGACAUUCUCAACCGCGCCGAGCACCACGAGACCAUAGCUACUACUAACGAGGGCGCAUCGCUCGGUGGCGAGGGCUUCCUUGCACAAUUCGCAAACGUCAGUGACGUCAAGAACGAUAUGAGCUGGGAAGACAUUAUCCCGCUGGACGAGCGGCAGAAGUUCGAGAGGGAGGAGGACCAGAGAAGGGCGGAGGAGUUGGCUGCUGAGGAGGCGAAGGAAAGCAGGAAGCGAUCGCACGCAACAGUGUCGUACGAGGGCAUGGACGUUGAGCAUACGAACCAGCCGCCGCCCGCGAAGAAACCGAAGCACCCACCGCCUCAGCGAAAGACUGCGACCCAGAAGGCUAUGGAGCUCAAGGAACGUGACGUCCGUGUGCUGAUCCGUAGCCUGCAGAGAUGGGGUGACAUUCGGCAGCGAUACGAUAUCAUUGUCAGCGAGGCCAAGUUGCAGGACAAGAAUCGUGCCAUGAUCAUCGACACCGCCGAUGAUAUUGUUGAACUCUGUGCUCGUGCUGUUGAAGAGAACAACGCCGAGAAACGGGCACGCAUACAGGCGGGGGAGACGUUGACGAAUGCGCAGAAGAGUAAAGCUGUCCUGGUCACUUACCGCAAUGUUGGCAAUAUCAAUGCGGAGACGGUUCUAUCUCGCCACCGUGAUCUGCGAAUAUUGUACAACUAUCUUCAAGACGUGCAGGACGUGUACACAUGGCAGAUCCCCGUCGACAAUAUCCGCCCGACGCUAAAUUGGUCAGGCAGAUGGGGACCGCAGGAGGACUCCAUGUUGUUGGUCGGUGCGUACUUGUAUGGCUUCGGCAAUUGGGAGACGAUGGCGAAGGAUGCGAGGCUUGGCCUUGAAGGCAAAUUCUUCCUCGAGGAAGGUAAGAAGGGCGAGGAUUCUGCGAGCAGGCCAAUCCCAAAUGCCAUCCACCUUGUCCGGAGAGGCGACUUCUUGCUCAGCGUGCUUCGAGAGCACGAUGAGAAGUUACGAGCUAUCACAACUACGCUCAGUCGCAAGGGUCAUCCUAUCGGCAUGUCAGCCUCUCCUCCACCAGCUGCUUCGUCGUCGUUUAGCAAUGGAAUGAAGCGCCGUGCAGAGAGUGAAGCAGUUGCGUCUGUAGACGAAGGUAGCAUCAGGAAGAAGAAACGGAGACCUACGCCAACCUUCACAGAUUCUUCCUCCUCGGACGAAUGUCCAUCGAUGGACGAGGCGGCUACGAAGGAGGAGCUUCGCCCCGUCAAGAAGCAACUGAAAAAUUUGAAACUGUCUGGCGGUGACAUGCCACGCGACGAAAAAGUCACCAUCUUGAAGGAGUCUCUUGCUGCUAUUGGAAAACGGAUCGAGCUGGUCUUGGCACAGAAGGAAGCAGUUGGUGAGGACCGAGACAAAUGGCGUCGGCAUCUUUGGACGUUUGUCACCUUAUUCUGGCCCAAGAAGGUCAAGGCGGCGAAGCUGGAAGAGAUCCACGCGAAGAUGGUGAUGAAGGAGAGCGCGCCUCGUGCGUCGUCAACGAGCGAUGGGGCAGGCGCUGCCAAGAAGCCACGCCUAAGCACGUCGACGAGCGUGACGACGUCUCGGAGUAGCGGUUCAUCGCUCCCUUCGGCAUCUACCCCCUCGUCGCAUGCGCAUGGGAAGUAUCGGUGA